GAAAGAUGGGGCACUUGAGGAUACAUCAAUUACGAAGGUCUGGUAACCAAAGAUGAUUGCAACACAUUUACCCCACACGAUAUACCGCUACUACUGCAACUUUACUCCAUUGGCAGUACUUACAUAUGGCGAGGCUGUUGUUUUCAAUUUUGUUUUUGCAUCCAUGUGCGCGGUUCUUAUAUACUGGCUUAUUUGCACGCUACCUACAUGUAUAGUACAUUUCAUUCAAAGAAGCUUCUACUACUUGACAGGAGAAAUCUUGGUCUCUACAACUAUGGCUGUUUUAAACCAUGAUCUUAAAUCCAUGGGUCAAAAGGUGAUAAAGGUUUCUUGGAAGGAUGUUCUCAAUAAUACUCAAGCACAAAAUGAGAAUGGUACACCAUUAUUUUUAAUAUCAGACUCUAUGAAGGUGUGACAGAAGAAGUACUAGUUUUGAAAUAUAGUUUUGCUAUAUA